CGGGGCGCGGCCGCGGCGGAGGGAUACCGCGCGCCCUAUAUAUCCCGCGGGCGCAGGGGCGCGCUUCGGCUUUCGCGCUGGGAGUCUCGCGCGCGGCGCCGGUACUCGCAGUCGGGCGGCGGCGGCAGCGGCUCAGCACAGCGCGCAGCGCACCCCGCGCCUCGGCAGCAGCGGCAGCAGCAGCGGAGGCUCCCGCCGUCUCAGCCCCGCGCUGGUGCAGGCUCCCUCGGUCCUCCUGCGCGUCCUCCCUCCGUGUGCACCAUGGCUGAUCAACUGACUGAAGAACAGAUUGCUGAAUUCAAGGAAGCUUUCUCCCUAUUUGACAAAGAUGGCGAUGGGACCAUCACCACAAAGGAACUUGGCACCGUCAUGAGGUCGCUGGGUCAGAACCCAACAGAAGCCGAAUUGCAGGAUAUGAUCAAUGAAGUGGAUGCUGAUGGCAAUGGCACCAUUGACUUCCCAGAGUUUUUGACCAUGAUGGCCAGAAAAAUGAAAGACACAGACAGCGAAGAAGAAAUCCGCGAGGCAUUCCGAGUCUUUGACAAGGAUGGCAAUGGGUACAUCAGUGCGGCAGAGCUACGUCACGUCAUGACAAACUUAGGAGAAAAACUAACAGACGAAGAAGUAGAUGAAAUGAUCAGAGAAGCAGAUAUCGAUGGAGACGGACAAGUCAACUAUGAAGAAUUCGUACAGAUGAUGACUGCAAAAUGAAGACCUACUUUCAACUUGUUCCCCUCCUCUAGAAGAAUCAAAUUGAAUCUUUUACUUACCUCUUGCAAAAA